AUGGACGAAAUAAGGUUUCAAGGGGCCCCUUUUGGAACUCGUUCAGCCAGGUUUGAAGUAAAUUCUGCAAACAAGAGAAUGGGAACAGACACUCAGCUGCCCUACUACAAGAGAAUGGUAAGUGACUGGAACACCAAGGUUGGUCCAGGCACAUACAGGAUCCCCAGUUUCACUGAGGAACUAGAAAAGAAACCUGGCAGCUUGAGAGGAAUCUGUGAGACCAGAGAGAAGCGUUUUAAAGACUGCCAGAGCUCUACCCCAGGACCAGGUACUUACGGUAAAGGCGGAAUCCCUUCUGCGGCACUGGAGGAGAAGGAGAGAAUGUCUGUGGGGACCUGUCCUUCAAUGGGCCACGCCGAUCAAAAUCGCUUUCAUACAAACACUGUGGACAGUAGUUUGGGCCCAGGUAUAUACAAUCUGAAAAGCUCUACUGAACUGAUACUGAGUCGCAGAGUCAGUAAAAGAAGCCCAUAUGACUUGUCCACUGGUAACGGAAACAUCUUCACUCACCCUAAAUGGGUGAGUCCAGACCCAGGCACCUACCCCAAAGAGUUGCCCAAGUUUGGUAAAGAGCUACAGAAGCCUGAGAAGAAGAAACAUGGGGUGUUUGGUAGUAGGGAGCAAUACCCUGCCACCCCUACUGAGAGAAUCUACCUAUCCACUUUGUCUCAGUUCCCACGGGCUGCGACAUCUCCCGGCCCAGGUUGGUAUAAUGUUAUUCCUAUCACUUCCACAUAUCGAUUGGGAAGUGGCAAACAAGCCCCAUUCCUCUCCACUGCUCCACGGAUGAGCAAGAAGACGCAAAUGCUGAUAAAUAAAAACCAUAAUCCAGUUGGGCCUGGUCGCUACAAUAUAGCAGAGUUGAUUCUGAGCAAGAACAAAAACAGUCAUAUAUCAUCAUUUAUGUCAGGUACCCAGCGCUACCUACACUGCCCCAAAAGAGACAAGUACAUCCAGGAGAGACUCAGGCCUAUCAAUGUUCCGUUGGACAGAUCACUUCUCAUACAGCCAGGGAAUCACUUCAUAUGAGCAAGCAAUCCAAGGGGUCAGUAUUUGAGCUUUUAAAUGUUCCAGUGAACUAAUACCAAAAUAUUGA